GUCGUCGUCGGCGCGAGUGUUCGUUCUGAUUUCUUGCGAGGCGCCGGAGAUCUUGAAAGGGCCCGUUCUUGCUACCGUUCUCUCGAUCGGCGGCCCGGCGGCGAAUCGAUCGGGAGUGCUCGAAAGGCCGCUUCUUUGAGGUUUUCCAAGUGCAAAUGGUGAAUCGACAUGGAUUUUAAAGUUGCAAUCCAAAUGGCAAAUAGGAUCUGAAGGACCCUGAACAACUUAAAUCUGAAAAAAGCACUGACUUAUCAAUUUGGGGUUGGGAUUCAGGUCUAACACGGGUCCCAGUUUGCCUUAAAAUGAAGAUUAGGUCUAAUUCCCCGAAGAACUGAUGUUCAUUUUUUUGGUUGUAAAAGUUCAUGAUAUUUAUUCUAUGAGAGUAAAUGCUUGCUCGUCUGCAACUGGCAGUUUUGCCAUUUCUCGAGUCGUUUCUUUACUUUUUCUUGAAAGAUUUUCCCUGUGUAAGUCAUUGACCAGACUAGUGAUGAUUUGUCAUUCACCUUCAACAAGAUGCAUGGAUUCUCCACUGUUGAUGGCUUUGUGGAGAUAACUGAAAGCUUGGCAGAGAUGAUCAAGUAUGUGGCGAAUGAACCUUCAGUGGGGCUAUUUUACAUUCUGCAGCACACUCAAAAUUCAGUGCCCAACGUUAUUAGUCUCAAGAAUAAUGUUGCAGGGAAAUCACAAGCAACGAAUCUGCAUACUGAGGACUUAGAAGAUUCUAUUACAAUGAUGAGGUCAAUGAAGGAUUGUGGGUUCCCCAUUGUUGAUGACAUGAUUGGUGAUAUCAACAAAUCUCUAGCAAUUAUGUCAGCAAAACAGCCUAAAAGAGGAUUGAUACACAACCAAUCCUCAGGUUUUGAAAUGCGAAGAAUUGGCUCGUCAGGGCCAACCACUUGGGGACGAUCUACCUUUUUUGACCAUCAAGAUGGUGAAAGGAGUGGAAAUUACUUUUCCAAUGUUCUAAAGUCAGCGAAACAAAGGGCGAGCAAUUUUAAGUGGUCUAACCUUGAUUCCCAAGAACCUAUGCAGAUGCAGGGUGAGAAACAUUUGAUUUAUACUGAUGAACCAUCAUCAGUUGCGGAAACUAGCUCAAGCUCAACUCUGCCGGUGGUUGAGUCUGAUGAACUGCCAUUAUCAAGUGAGGUUUCUGAAGAACUGCAAGAAGAGAAAGGAGGAGAAAGCCACACUACUCUCCCCUUGCCAAGCGAUCAUUUGUUGCCAGUGUCAGAAGACUUUGAGAGUUUUAAAGCUAAUAGAGAAGCAAAAUUGGAGGAGUGGCUGGGAGAGACUGGUCACCGUAAUAAUUGCAAUGGAGCGACUAAUGUGGAAACAGCUUAGCUUGAUCCGCCGCUGUUUAAAAUAACCACCCUUGUACCUUUUAUCAAUUGGGAUGUAAAUAUCUGUCCAGAUGAUGAUCGCUAUUGACUGAUUGCUUACUACGAAAAAAAAUUCAUCACUGUGGUCUUUUCAGAGAGAGCGCAGCUAAAGUUACAGAUGACUCAAGGCUCUCCUACGGAGAGGAAGAUUGCUUUCGGAAGGCAGCUUCAGAGAAAUGCAGAAAGUACUUGCGUCAGCCUAGCAACUUAUCAGCAGUGACAGUCGUGCAUGUAUUCUGCAUAUGUUCUAGUUUCUUGGGUCCUAACAUUACGUCUUAUCGAUUCCUAGAUGUGGAACUGCAUCAGGAGUCUCCCAAAACUGAGCUUUUUCUUUUAUCUUCUUGUGAAGUAGUUGUAUAUUGCUGGCUUGCUUAUAACAGUUUCUCCUUUGUGAGAAACUUUUUUAAUGAGUGAGGUGAUGUAUCUGUAGCUUGUUGUGGAAUAAAUGUCCGUGUACUUAUGCCGGUUUUAUUCAAUAGGAGUUAUGAGGUGAAUCUUUGAGACAAA